AAAUAAGACUGGAAGUAAGGUUGUGAGAGCUUCCUUUUUCAUUUGUUUCUUAUUAUCUGAGAAAAGGUGUCUGGGACCAGAGAGUUCUGUGUGACAAAAGAGGGGAGCCAGGCUAAGGGGUUAUUCCAGGAUCUUAAAAGCCCCUAGACCCUGUCUCCCCAAAACUGCUUGCAAAUGCCCAUCGAGAUAGUCUGCAAAAUCAAGUUCGCAGAUGAGGAUGGGAACCAGAAGGAGAAGGAGGAAGGGGAGAGGGAAAGCUUGAUUGGGGAUGAGAUUCAGGUGGCUGGCCAGGACUUGGCAGGCUUUGCCAGAACUAGUACCCUACAUGGGCUGAGGCAUAUCUUCCAGACGGGCAGAGUGGGCAUCAAACAGAGCCUCUGGGCACUGGCAUUCUUGGCAUCACUGUUUUUUUUUCUCUACCAGGCAGCUAAGUGUGCCUUGUUUUACCUGGAUCAUCCCCAUGUCACAGCUGUGGAUGAGGAGGUGAUGGGAGAGAUGAUCUUCCCAGCGGUCACCCUAUGUAAUAUCAACCGUUUUCGGCACUCGGCUCUCUCUGAUGCUGACAUUUAUCACCUUGCCAACCUUACUGGGCUUCCUCCGAAGGACCCAGAUGGGCACAGAGCUUCGGAUUUAAUAUAUCCUGACCCUAACAUGUUGGACAUUGUUAAUCGGACUGGGCAUCAGCUGGCAGAGAUGCUGAAGAGCUGCAACUUCAGUGGGGACAGCUGUACGGCACAAAACUUCUCUGUGGUGUUCACCAGGUAUGGAAAGUGCUACACAUUCAAUGCUGACAAGAACAACCCAAAAGUAACCAGACAAGGAGGCAUGGGCAAUGGGCUGGAGAUAAUGUUGGACAUUCAGCAAGAAGAUUACCUUCCUAUCUGGAGGGAAACAAAUGAGACAUCAUUUGAAGCUGGAAUCAGAGUGCAGAUUCACAGUCAGGAUGAGCCCCCUUACAUUCAUCAGCUUGGGUUUGGCGUGUCCCCAGGUUUUCAGACCUUUGUCUCUUGCCAGGAGCAGAGGCUCACAUAUUUGCCCAAGCCUUGGGGUAACUGCAGAGCCAGCAUACCAGGGGAGCAGGUCCUGACUGGCUAUAGCACAUACAGUAUUUCCGCCUGCCGCCUGCAAUGUGAGAAGGAAGCAGUGGUCAAACACUGUGCCUGUCGUAUGGCCCACAUGCCAGGCAAUGAAACAGUCUGUUCCCCCAAUUUGUACAUUGACUGUGCUGACCACACUUUAGACACUCUGAUAGGAGAAACUAGUGAAACAUGCACCUGUCCCACCCCCUGCAACCUGACUCGCUAUGGCAAGGAAAUCUCUAUGGUUCGAAUCCCACACAAGGGAUCCGCAAGUUACCUUGCUCGGAAAUACAAGAAGAAUGAGACCUACAUUAGGGACAACUUUCUGGUCUUGGAUAUCUUCUUUGAAGCUCUUAACUAUGAGACAAUAGAACAAAAGAAAGCAUACGACCUGGCAAGCUUGCUUGGAGACAUUGGUGGACAGAUGGGCCUGUUUAUUGGUGCUAGUUUUCUUACUGUUCUGGAAAUCUUGGAUUAUUUGUAUGAGGUGAUACGAGAUAAAUUCAAUCGCGUUUUAAAACGAAAACCUUCUCCUGCGAAGAAACCCACUGAAAACAUUUCAACACUUGUAAUAGAUGACAUGAAGGAACAGAGCUCCUGUGAGGCACGAGGAAGACAUCCAGAAGGAGCAUAUGCAACCACCAUGCUGCCAAACCAUCAUCGGCACUACACACAUCAUGGUGUGUUUGAGGACUUUGCCUGCUAGAGGUAUGGAAGAGUGGGUCAGUUUCUGAUGAAUACCAACUCUGUUUCUUGGUGGUGGUAAAGACAUUACUUUUGACAUUACCCUGCCACAAAUGAACCCCCAGUGGAACAAAGCAUAGAGCAGCCUUCAGCUACCAAAAUCUGAAUAGACUGGAUUUUUGUAGACAUAAAUAUAAAGCCAGAAGACCUCAGGCUACCUCUGGAGAGGUGUGUUUAUAAUAUCUCCAGGAUACAAAAUGUCUUAACCACAACUUUUCUCUUACACAAAUGGAAAUCUUCUGUACAGAGAGAGGUGUGAUUAUUAUUAUCCCUUCACUACUUGAGAGAUUAUAAAGUGCCUCUGCUGAAGAGGAAGGCUAAAGAUGAACGAGUGGGAAGAAUGAGAAACACAGCUACAUAAGAAUAUGUUGUACAGAGAACAAGUAAUUAGCAGAGGAUAGGGCUGAGAUAUGUUGAGAUGAGCAGAGUGUAUCUUUCUCCUCUUGUGAGUAUUGGUAUAACAGGUUAUGUUUGUAACCACAUUACGAGAUAAACUUGAUAGAGCAGCACAGUUACCUAAGCAUCUCAACUCCUUUUUUGCAUUUCUAUAGAGUUUUAUAUAAUGCUGCCAUUAUAUGCAGCACAGAGGCACAAUAACUCCAAAGAACAUACAAAUAUGUCAUCAACCACUUUAAGCACAGCAGACUAUAAUAAUUCAUUGAAAUACACAUACACAAAAUAAAUCAAUAGGGCAGAAAUGUUAGUCAAUUCAUAAAGACAUGACAUUUAUUAUGCAAAUGAAUGGUCAGCUACAAGGUACUCAGGAUCUGCUGGACUAUCAAGUAUAACAGCAGAGAUACCAGAACAGUCUUGCAGUUCCCUAGUGCCUUUGAAGCUUUAGAUAUCAGGGAUCAAAGAAAAAGAACUUACAUAUAAGGGGCAGAUUUAUUUCAUUUUACUGGUUCUGCUCUUAACCCCACACAAAAAUAUACCCAAAGAUUGGUAAGCUUAACAACGUGCCCUGGAGUUUGUUUCUAUUACCCAGUUGUAAGGACAUGAAACACAAGAUACUGGUAGAAAAAUGAAGGGAGAUGCAAAAGCUAAUCUAUAUAAAAGGAGCAUCAAUAUGGAGAUUGGAUACAUAACUGCCAUGUGCAACACCAGUGUGUUUAUUGCCUUUUAGGCCCAUCAUUUCAGCAAAGAGUGGAGUUCAGCAUCUGCAUUCUUAUUAAAAGGGCUGAAAUAGAAAGGGAAACAAGAAAUAACGCAUUAACAAGUUGCAACAUAAACCAGCUUAAUAUAUUUAGGCAGUGGGGUACCUGCCUAGCAUAGUUUUGCAGAAUAUUAUGUAAAUUAAUGGAAUAAAGUAAAAAGCAAAGAAGACAA